UCGAGACGAGAUCCGAUCGACGUGUGCUUACCAGGUGGUUAUACGUUCGUGAACAAUAAUGAAAAUAUCAUUGAUAAUAUUAGCGUCCAUUUUGAUUUCCUGUAAUGGUUUACCGUACAAAGAUGAUACGGGAGGGGAUUCUAUUGUUAGCCCUUAUUCUCCAAUCAAUUUGGAGAAAUUAAGGAAGCUUAUGAAAACCGGCAAUGAGACCCUUGGAAUACCAGUUUUGGAUCCCUUCAAGUUAAAACAAUUUGUUUAUCAGAUUAACGAGGAUCGUAUCGUUGAGGCUCACGGAUUUCUAAGAAACUUAAAGGUCAACGAAUUAUCUACAUUCAAAGUCAUCAAGGCAGACUUCAAUUUGGUCGGAGUUAAAGUUAACUUACAUCUUUCAUGGGAUUCGAUCAAAUUUGUUACCGAUUACACCUUGAAAGGGACUUUAAUGGACUUUUUAUCGAUUUAUGGAUUCGGCGAUAUCAAAGCAAACGUAAAAGGUUUGGACGUAAACAUGACAAUGAGUUUUUCUAUAAGAGACGACGAAUUAUAUGUACGUAGUUUCGAAUCGGCAAUCAAACUCAAAGGACUCGACCUAACAAUUACUGGAUUAUUUUACGACGAAGAAAUAUCAAGGAUAGUUAGCUUAAUCGUCUCCGAUAUGACACCGCAAUUGAUUGAUGAUUAUCAAAGUGAAAUAACCAAAAAAUUCAACACUUUCGUUACGAAUUUUAUGAAUGAUUUCUUAAAGGGCUUAAAUUUGAUGAGCCUGACGAUUGGAAAUGAAUCUCUCAAAAUACCUGUGUUCGAUCCGUACGAUAGAACGGAGGAAACACUUCACGUUAAUUUAUCAUAUAUUACUGCUGAUACAAAUUUAAAAAAUCUUCAUAUGACCGGUCUAUCGGAUUAUCAGGUCAAAGAGGGUAAAUUCAUGCUAAUAGGAUUACAGAUUAAAGUAGCAUUCCAUUGGGAAGAAAUCGUUACAAAAUCUGAAUAUGAUAUUAAUGGGACCGCAGCUAACAAAUAUCCGAUUUAUGGAAAGGGUAAACUCGUUGGAAUAAUUAAAGGUUUGGAUGUUACUUGCAACUUACACAUGCGCUUGAAAAAAAACAAAUUAGAAGUAUCGAGUAUUACAUCGACCGUAAAUUUGGAAUCACUUGAUUUAAAAGCAACUGGACUAUAUAAUGACGAAAAACGUUCGGAAGAAGUAAGUAAAAAGAUAUCUGAAAAGGCACCGGAAAUUAUUCGAAAAUAUCCAGUACAAGCAGGAAUAAUAAUGAGCGAAAUCACAUUGAAAAAAGUCAAUGAAAUUAUAGGUAACAAAUCUCUUAAAGAUUUGAUAGAUAUCAUAAGUUCUUAA